UGGGAGACCAACUGACAAUCCGGCGUCUGUGAAAAACCGAGAUGUUAAACAACGUUCACUUUAUGAAUUCUUUCAACAUGGUGUCUCCCAGACAUCGGUGGAGGAUGUACAAGACGGUAGCUCUGACGUUCUUCGUGGCCGUGCUGAUGAUCAGUGUGUUUGAGACGGGAAUCAUCAGCACUAGAGGGGACUUGCAGAUUGAGACCAAUGCACGCAUGCAGAAGGAAAUAGUAAAUUAUUGGAAAGGUCAAGACAAAUCAAAAGAAAAUAAAGAACCAAUCUAUGAACCAGAAGAAACCAGAACUUGGGAUAUCACAAGUACGAACUGCAGUGCUAACACAAAUAUUUCUUCUACAGAAGAUUUUACUACUUUGGAGGAGAACUUUAAACAGUUUGUUCUCUACAGGCACUGCAGAUAUUUUCCUGUGAUCAUUAACCACCCAGAGAAAUGUUCUGGAGAAGUGCACCUCCUCAUAGCGAUAAAAUCCAUCGUAUCACAACACGACAGACGUGAAGUGAUUCGGCAAACUUGGGGCAAGGAGCAGGUCAUAGAUGGCAAGAAGAUCAAGCUACUCUUUCUGUUGGGAACUUCUUCUAAUGAAGUGGAAAAGGCAAACCACCAGAAGCUUCUGGAAUACGAGGAUUAUAUCUACGGUGACAUCCUGCAGUGGGAUUUCAUGGAUACGUUCUUCAAUCUUACCUUAAAGGAGACCCACUUCCUGAAAUGGUUCUCCACCUACUGCAGGGAUGUACGCUACAUCUUUAAAGGGGAUGACGAUGUCUUUGUUAGUGUGACGAACAUUCUGGAGUACCUGGAGAGCAGCAACGACACAAAGGAUUUGUUCGCUGGGGAUGUCCUUUUCAAAGCAAAACCGAUAAGACGGAAACAAAACAAAUACUACAUCCCUUCUGAGCUGUACAACAAGACGUAUUACCCACCCUAUGCAGGAGGAGGGGGGUUUUUGAUGGACGGCCCCUUGGCUCGGCGACUCCAUUUGGCUUCAGAAAUGUUGGAACUAUUUCCAAUUGAUGAUGUGUUUCUUGGAAUGUGCUUAGAGAUUCUCCAGGUAACGCCUAUAAAACACAACGCAUUCAAAACUUUUGGCCUAUUGAAGGAUAAAAAGAGCAAACUGAACAAAGAGCCAUGUUUCUACAAGAGCAUGAUUGUGGUCCAUAAACUUCUCCCUCAGGAACUCCUGGACAUGUGGAGGUUGGUCCACACUGACCUUGUGUGUACGCACAAUCUUGGGCUGAUGUGGGAAGAAAACUUGAACAAUGAGAAGCCAAAGUUAUAGCAACAUGUUGUGGAAGGUGAACCACAUUAUAUCUAACCCUGUCCCUUGUGUUAACCUUAUCUUGGUGUCCAGAUUAAUACAAUGGGGAUUUUGAAGGAUUUUCUCAUCUUAAAAGACCAACUUUUCUAUUUAAAAAUGUUAUGAAAUAUAACAUCUCCCCCUGUAGACCGCUAUGGUUUGGACUACAGUAUGAAUCAUAUCAGUCAUGUGCAACUGAAUGUGAUAAGCCUGACUUGCUGUGACAGGGAAGGACAUUGGUUCUGACAAAUGCUGCAGUCUCUCUUUUACUUAACUACUAGUUAGCAAGUGAUUGCUUAUGGGGCUGCACGAUUCUCACUAUAAUUUACGGAAUUUUGCUAUCACUCACAUGAUGUGUAACAAGGAAGCAGACCUACACAGACUGGUUAGUUUACUUGGUUUAGUUUGAGUGGUAUGGCAUUUUAUUUGUGCCAAAAACCUGAAUGUAAAACUCGUUACGCGCUCAAUGUUUGCUGGCUUAAGCUCUCACUCACACACACACUUAAAUUGUAUUUUCACUCUCUCUCUCUCUCUCUCUUGCAUGCUGUCAAUAUCACAAUGAUUUCUUGCACAAAUCCAUUCAAUCAUAGACAGCACUUGGAGAAAAUCCCUCAGUGUGCUUGGUGAAACUUUUUCUUCUGUUUUUGUGUGAUUUGGGAUAUACAGUAACUUACUGCAAUAGCUACUGCAAGUAAAACUGACACGUUGAUUUUCACUAUUACUAAGAGACUCUAAAAACCGAUAGAAAGCUACAUAGAAAUGUACUAGAAGUAUAUUAAAAUUGACCAAAAAAACCCCAAUUUAAUACUUUAAACUGUCUGUUUAAUUUUAAACUCUGACAUUUACCUUGUGCUUAUGUAAUAAUAUAAACUCACACAUGCAGUUGGAUGUCCAAAACGUGCAGACAAAAAAAGUUCCACAGCUUUUAAGUUAUUUACUUAAAGGGUUCUAAAAUAAGGAAAUGUGACCUUUCAUAGACGGCACUUGGAGAAAAAUCAUGAUUCAUUAUACAUUUUAGCAAGAAUCGUGCAGCCCUAGCUACUAAUUAUUUUUUGCUAACAGUUGCAUCUGCCCUGCCCCCACAACCCACAAGAAUUCCUUUGUUGCGCCUGGCAAAAUUAAAGUGUGCUGUUUGAACACUAACGCAAAGAAAUUUUAACAUUUUCAAAGCAGCGUUGCAUGUCCUUCCUGGCGAAGGAUAGUAGUUUAAAAAGAAACAACUAAAUAUUUUUUUUAAGAAUUAUUAUUAUAAUUUUUUUUUUUUUACUUUACUCGUGGUAAGAUGGUUUUGGGUGGUUAUUAAGAUUUCUGCUUGAGGUAUUACACCGUACUGAUUUGUGAAUGUAUUUAAAAUAGCAUUAGAUGUUAUGUAUGUUAAAAAUAAUCUCUCUACCUCAAUUAUGGAGUUCUGAAGACUGCGUUGUGUGUGUAUGUAAACACAUAUGCACAUCAGUAUUUCAAUUCUGUUUAACAUGCCUUCAUGCACUUGAACAGCCCACAUGUGGUUUAUUGAGAUGAGCAUUACUGAAAUCUGAAAGGGGUAAAAAUUACUACAAGGUACUGUAUAGUAGAGCAUUAAAAUGGUUUUGUUUAUUAGGGUUUAUUUGUCCGAUUCUGCUCAUGACCAUGUUGGCUAUUAAACAUUUUGGAUAGUUCAUAAAACUGUAAAUUUUUGAGGAAACUCUACACUUAACACUCUGCUGCAACGGUACUUUAAAAAUGUGUUUCCAUCACACACCUGAAACAUGAGCAUGCCUAAUAUGCAGUCUAUAACUGUGGAGAAGAUUUAUUCACCCAACUUGUGUGUAAAUACGCAUGCAUUUUGUCGUUUUGUUUGUCAAGCAAAUGUCAUCCAGUGUUUUUUUUUUUUUUUUUCUCUUUCCUCCCUGUACUCAAUUAAUUCACAUUUGUAAUGGUAACACUACAGUCAGGGUACACACUCGUCUUAUAGAAGUGUGUGCUUUGAAGUAAGCAGAAAUAUUAUUUAUUUUCCAGCCGCACACGGCCCUAAAAACAUAAGAGCCAACACUAAACACUGAACAUUGUAAACUGUGAAAUUAAUAAAUACUCUGGUACUUAAUUUAAAGAUGUACUAGUUAUAAGGUUUAGGGUCUGUUAUAUUUAAUGUUUUUGAUUUAUGUGCCUUUUUUUUUAACUCUGACUUGAAAUAGCAAUCAAUCAAAUUAAAAACAAAUGUGGA